CGCGGGGGCCGCCGGGAGCUGUAGUCCGUCCUCUGCCCAGUCAAACGCGGUGCUGCCCGCCCUGUUCUCGGAGGCCAGAGCCGCCGCCCAGGGGGAUGCGGGAGCCCCCCGGUUCGGGGGAACGAGAGAGGCAGGCGGGGUGAGGGUCGUUGCCAGGCAACGGGCGAGCGCCACGGUUGGGGAGCCGAGGACGGCAUGUCCCAGGCCCCAGGAGCUCAGCCAAGCCCGCCCUCCGUGUACCACGAACGGCAACGCCUGGAGCUCUGUGCCGUCCACGCCCUCAACAACGUCCUGCAGCAGCAGCUCUUCAGCCAGGAGGCUGCCGAUGAGAUCUGCAAGAGGUUGGCCCCAGACUCCCGGCUGAACCCCCAUCGCAGCCUCCUGGGCACCGGCAACUAUGACGUCAACGUGAUCAUGGCCGCCCUGCAGGGGCAGGGCCUGGCCGCCGUGUGGUGGGAUAGAAGGAGGCCCCUGUCCCAGCUGGCGCUGCCCCGGGUGCUGGGGCUGAUCCUGAACCUGCCCUCGCCUGUGUCCCUGGGGCUGCUGUCCCUGCCGCUGCGCCGGCGACACUGGGUGGCCCUGCGCCAGGUGGACGGCGUCUACUACAACCUUGACUCCAAGCUGCGGGCGCCCGAGGUCCUGGGCAACGAGGACGGUGUCAGGGCCUUCCUGGCAGCCGCGCUGGCUCAGGGCCUGUGCGAGGUGCUGCUGGUGGUGACCAAGGAGGUGGAGGAGAAGGGCUCCUGGCUGCGGGCAGACUGACCCCGCGGAGGAGGGGACCAUGGCUGCCCGCCGGGCGUGGCCCCCGCGCGUCCACAUCCGGUUCCCAAGUGCCGGGGGAAGGGCCAGGCCCCGCCCCUCGUGGACCCAGCGGAGGUCCCAGCCCCUUCCCCACAUCCCCUCUCCCCCCGCCACAUGCCACUGCUGCCUCAAUAAACCCGAUGAUUUGC